AUGACCCAAGUCAUGAGGAUGGUUUUGGUGAAAGGAAUUAGGAAGAUGAAGGUGAAGGUGAAGCUGGACCUCGCUGUCUUAGUAGACAUGCCAUUCACCAAAACGCCUUCCGUUUUCCUAUCCUCACCCCAUCCCGGUCUCCCCUCUUGCUUCUGCUAUAGCCCUCCUUCUCAGUCGUGUGCGUCAUGCCGGCCCUCCCCUCCCCACCUCCACCUCCAUACUCGAACUCGCACCUACGCCCAGCAUGCCUCAGGUUCGAGCUCCGACCCGGCUUCACGCCUCCAUUCCUCCACCCAUCCUCAUACCCACCACUCCCAAUCGCAUUGUGACAAUGCCGACCUCUCCUGGCCGGUUCCCAUCCAUCCCCACCAGACUCCCACACCCUACCAGAUCCUCGCGACCAAGAGGGGCGACCUCUACACGAAACACCGAUUCUACUCUCUCGCAAAGCUGUACCACCCAGACAGUCGCAGUACUUCGUCGCCCGUAGCACACCUACCCCUCACCACCCGUGUCGAACGCUACCGCCUCCUCGUCGCCGCUCACCAAAUCCUCUCGGACGACUCCAAGCGUAGAGCAUACGAUCUAUGGGGUGCGGGAUGGGUUGGUCACCAACACAACCCGAACGAUCCCUCUGCCUCUUCUAUGCACUGGAAACCAGAGCAGCGGAGCUGGCCGUCUGGUCACGACCCAAUGAACAACGCAACCUGGGAGGAUUGGGAGCGAUGGUACGAUCGGGAGUACAACCGAGGACAGACUGACGAUGCCCGUACCGUGCACCUGUCAAGAUUUGGGUUUGUGUCUCUGGUAUUUGCCCUCGUCUCUCUGGGCGGAAUCAUGCAGGGCACACGAGCCAAUAUGUUCUCGUCAACAGUCAUCGAGCAUCGGGACAAGGUGCAUAAGGAAGCUAGCAUGGAGCUGAUGAAAGCGAAACGCGCGUCAAUGGCUAACGGCGAUCGGAACGAGAGAAUCAAAACAUUCUUGGAACAUAGGGAAGCUACGCUAAUGGGGGAAGACGCAUAUCAACGAAUACUCCCGCCGACAGAGACAUGCGCACCGGAAUCGGUGCGCAAGCAAUGA